AUGACUAAAUCACUGCGCGGGUCUUCACUCCCUCAGGCCCGCUCAUACCAUCACAAUCAUUACCAUUUACACAACAAGCGCGCCGCCUCACACGAGAAUGCGAUUCCUCACCAGCACCACCGCCGCCAGACAGACACAGACGAAGCCGACAACAGCCCCACUCCCGAGUCCGCAUCCAGCAGCUCCUCCUCCUCUCGCAAAGUCGUCGUCCAGACCGUCUCCAUCGUUCAAGUAGUCGAUGCCUCCGGCGCCCCCAUCGAAGUUCAGACUCACUACGCUCCUCCCGCCACCGUGGAUGCCGACACGUCGCCCAGCGCCAGCGCCAGUGCUGACCUAGGCCUGUCCAUCGCAGCUGUGUCCACCACCGAGACUUCUACAGACAUCACCUCCUCCGAAACUACGACCUCCUCGAGCGACUCAUCCCUGUCGACUCCCCCGGCGACGACCUCCUCGACGACACCAUCGCCAGCGGGCUCUUCCACAAGUCAGGAUAUUCCCUUGACGUCCAAUCCUUUAUCCUCAGUACCGGCAUCGUCUGCGGCGCCGUCAGCUUAUUCCUCGUUGAGUGCUCCUUCUAACUCAACAAUUCCAUUCCUUACGUCAACAAAUUCAUCUUCUACAUCAGUCCUUACCGCAACCAGUUCAACAAGCCUGUUUUCGUCCGGUUCGACGAGCGUAACAUCUUCAGUGUUUUCAUCCAUUUCAUCGACUUCCGAUUCAUCUUCUGGUUCAACUACCACCGCCACUGGCAGCCUCAGCACCACCAAUACUUUUGCCACGAGCACAUCGACAGGUUCCGCCGAAACGACAGCUGGAGGAGAUGGGAGCGACGGCGGCGUAGGCGGCAUCGGGGGCGGCAUUUCAGCAUCACCCACGUCAACAUCCACCCCGGGCAAUUCUAGCGGCGACGAUUCGGCACCAUCAACCGGCACCGUUGUGGGCAGCGUAGUGGGAAGCGUAGCAGGCGUGGCGUUUCUAGUGCUUCUCGCUUUUCUUGCCUUGCGAUGGAAGAAGCGCUCUGGUGGACGACUCCGACUUAGCGAGGUCAGCGCAAAGGCCGCCCGGGGAAUCCUCACCGGCUCAGGUGGGCCCGACAGCGGCAGCCGUCCCGGGAUGACACAAAGGGCCGUGACGUUCGGCUCGGCCACGGUUGGCGGUGCAGCCGCCGCGGCUAAACCGCACUCAAGAAGAGCUAGCGAACCUUCCGAAAGCGGCGAGAGGGGCUUUGUGAGGGUCGCAGGCAGGAAGCUGCCGUCGGUCCUCCAGGCCGGAGGUGAUGGCUACACGGACCCGCGCGAAGCCGCUGGAGGCGCAACCGCCAACGACGACGAAUCCGUCUACUACCGCGACUCUCAAGCGUUUUUCGAACCCGGCGGCGCGGGCCAAACACGACUUGCACUCGGCUCGCCGAUGAGACCCGUUAGCGGCGUCAUCACCAUGCAGCCGGGUCCGGCCCGGACGCCGGUGACGGAGUCGGCUCCGUUUCCGGCACCGCCUGACUCAACCCUUUCGCCGCCACGAGACCCCAUUGGACGGACCUUGAAUUCGCAGGACGGGUCACGGGGGUCUCGGGGCUCCGUGUCCAGGUUCCAAGAGGACAUGUGA